UAUCCUCCCACUUCCGUGCGUGCGCACUCCCCCGAAGGAGGCUGGUGUCUGGCAGGACGGUCGGAAGAAUUCCAACUGCUUGCAGGAUGGGCGCCGCCGUGUAGCAGUGCACCUUCAGAUCCUCCUGCCCUGCCUGUUAGAGAUUCCCAAAGAUGUCAACUCAAGGCCAUAGCUGGGCCCAGCAGGUGAGAAAGGAGGAUGAAGAAGACCCACUGGACCAGCUGAUCAUCCGCUCUGGCUGUGCUGCUUCCCACUAUGCGGUGCAGGAGUGCAUGGCCCAGCACCAGGACUGGCGACAGUGCCAGCCACAGGUGCAGGCCUUCAAGGACUGCAUGAGUGAACAGCAGGCAAGGCGUCGGGAGGAGCUGAAGAGGAAGAAAGAGCAAGGCAAUGCCCACUGCUGAGACCCCACACCACCUAUCCCCAGAGGACAGCCCUGCAGAAACUAGCACCCAGAGAAAUCAUGAGGGGAAGAAGUCCUCAACAGUGGAAGGGUGGGUCAGGAGAUGUAAAACUCAGGGAUAAUCUUUGGGACUUGGGUUGAGAGGCAGGGAACUGUGGGUUUAGACAUUACUGCCAUACAGAGCUCAUGUUUUCAUGGCAAGAUUCCCACACAUCCUCACCCAUCUUGUUCCACCUAUAUUAAAUAUUGCCAAUAUUUGCCAAGUAAAACAGUGGGGCUAAAGGAUGCUCUCCUACCCUACAACUUGGGUCAGCCUCAGUGUGCCAAGUAUGGAGCUGAAUUCAUGGACAUUUAAUUUUAAAAGUAAAUUCACAAUAUAAAGGUAAACUGGCUAUCCAACCAGGUCUUCACUUAUUGAGGCAUUGGUUCAACAAUAGCAAGUUUUGCUGAGAUCUUCCCUUGUGCCAGGCACUAUGUUGUAAACCGAUAUGAUGAGUAAUAUGAACCUGCUUUCAGAUUACUUAGUCUGGUUUGGAAGAAAGAAAUAAAACAACACUAGGACAACUAACUAAUUCCUGACAGUGAUACAAGUGCCUUUACUUUUGUUGGUUCUGGAUGUUUCAUUCAGGCUAAUGAAAAGAAGAAAACAUACUGAGUGAUUCUUAAAUGCCAAAAUGUUGAAUUAAAAGAUGCAGUUCUGACCUCAACACUCCCAACCCAGUAAACACACUGUCUGACCCUUAAAAAGUACAUUUAACAUAAAAUCAUAUUUUCAGCUUUUGAAAAAUGAAGACGCUGUCAACCUGAAGCUUAUGUUCCUACUUGACGACAAUUUGCUGGAGCUUUAUAACGAUACCUCUUAUAGGUGGCUGUACUCUCCAGGUCAUAACAGUUGCCACCACUGAUCGUUUUUCUGACAUGGAACUGUAUUACCCAUUCUAUUAACUUUCUGCCUAGGCUUGUUAAGCAUUUGAGAAUGGAAAGGGAUUUGGGAGAAUGAUUCCUGUCAUAGAAGCUGGAAGGAAACAGGUUAUAUGCUUUCAUCAUUAUCAGUAACAUUUUUUAAGCAGCUAUGUAUAAUCACAAAUCUGAAGUAUAGUAGGCCCUAAAACUAUUUUGUAUUGAUAUUUGGGGAGAAGGUAUGAGGAAUAACCAGUUGUUAAAGCAAUAAAAUUCAAUUGAGCCUUCAAGCAGAAGGGGAUGACUGGGUUAUAGACAUAAGCCUCUGUGGGGCCAUGUGUGUUCAGUGCUUUGGGUCAUCAGAGGAGCAAUGUGGACUGAAGCUCGUCAGCAAAAAUCAAAGGAGUUGAGUUUAACCUUCAAAGAUAAAGUAGAUGUUAACCUAUUUAUGAAUAGAAAGGAUUACCAUCACCAACAAAAAGUUCCUAGAAGUCAGUAAGAAAAGGCAAACAGCCCAACUGAAAGUGAACAAGGUUAAAGUAUUAUUAGCUCAUUCUAUUCUCAAAAAUUUUAAGUGUUUAUAAUGUCCAGUAUUGGGCAUGGAGAGGAAUAGAUGCAUUCACACUAUUGAAGGGACCAUAAAUUAGUGAAGCUUUUGUGGGGCAAUUUUGUGGAAUUUUAAAAUAGUUUUAAUAUUUAUACAGCAAUUCCUCCUUUAGGAGUCCUCUUAAAUAUAUUUUUACAAGAUGUAUUUACUAUUAUCUACAUUGCAGCAUUGUUUCCAAUAGUGAAUAAAUGGUCAUGAUGUAAAAUUCCAUCAAUAA